AUGCACGUGAGCUAUUUCUUGUUGUCUCAAGAGCAACAAUUUUUUCAAUUCAAUUCGAAAAUUAUCAACAUGAAAAUAGUGUUGUGUUCAACGUCCUGGAUCUCGUGUGUAAGGGUCAACAUAGUUCAGGCCGUAAUCUUUAAAAUGUUGUGACAUCGUGUUGAGAUAUUACCGCACGUGAAUAUAAGUUCUCUUUGUGGGUUCCUCCCAUUCAGUGUUAAAUUUUCGCUGGCAGUUUAUUGUGGUUUUUGGUGAAACCAAUAACGCUAUGCAGUCCACGUUGAAAUUGUCUCGAUGUACGAGACUUGUGUCGAAGAAGUUCUCAAGAAGUUUGAUGGUGGGUCAUCCCACGUGUAUGAAGUAUGAAGAGUUAUCCCCAGGAAGAGAAGAGUUUCAAUCCAGGCACAUUGGCCCUAGGGAUUGUGAUCAGAAGGAAAUGUUGAAGACUAUUGGAUUUGAAUCACUCGAGGAUCUGACGAGAACUGCCGUUCCUGCUCGGAUCAGGCGAGACAAGGACUUGGAUAUUGAAAACUCCAUGACUGAGUACGCUUUGAUGAAGAAAAUUACUCAGAUGUCACAGAAAAAUGAUGUGUGGAGAACAUACAUUGGUAUGGGAUACUACAACUGCUGUGUUCCACACACAAUAAUGAGGAAUAUUUUCGAAAAUCCUGGAUGGACAACCCAGUACACCCCAUACCAGCCGGAAAUAGCUCAGGGUCGCCUUGAGAGUCUCCUGAAUUAUCAGACAAUGAUCUGUGACAUGACUGGAAUGGAAGUUGCGAAUGCCUCGCUGUUGGACGAGGGUACGGCUGCAGCUGAGGCUCUAGCCCUGGCCCAUCGUCACAACAAGCGCAAGAGGCUUUUCGUGUCUGACAAAGUGCAUCCCCAAACGAUAAGCGUAAUUGCAACGAGGAUUGGCUCGUUGGGAUUGAGCCUCGAAGUUGGGGAUGUUUUUAACGUCGAUACGACCUCCAAAGAAGUGGCUGGAAUAUUGCUGCAGUAUCCGGACACCACUGGUGCCAUUUAUAAUUAUGAGGAGGUCGUGAAGAAGGCACAUGCAGAUGGGACGUUAGUAUGUGCGGCAGCGGAUCUGCUCUCUCUGGCAAUACUCCAGCCCCCGGGUGAAUUCGGGGUUGAUAUUUGUAUUGGAACGAGCCAGAGGUUUGGGGUGCCCCUCGGUUAUGGUGGACCUCACGCAGGUUUUUUCGCGUGUCGCAAGAAGUUCGUUAGGCUGAUGCCGGGCAGAAUGAUCGGUGUCACCAGAGACGCAGACGGAAAAGAAGCGUACAGACUGGCUCUUCAGACACGAGAGCAGCACAUCAGAAGGGACAAGGCCACCAGCAACAUCUGCACAGCCCAAGCAUUGCUGGCAAACAUGUCAGCAAUGUACGCUGUGUACCACGGCCCUCAGGGGAUCAGAAACAUUUCGACGAGAGUUCAUCACCUGACGGCAGUUCUAGCCAAGGGUCUUGAGCUCGGGGGAAAUAAAGUAAGUAACGAGUACUUCUUCGACACGAUCACAGUGGCUCCUAAAGAGCCCCUCGAGGUGAUUAAAAAAAAUUGCCAAGACAUGAAGAUAAAUCUGAGAUACAAUGAUGAUGGCACCGUGGGCAUUUCUCUGGAUGAAACUAGCUUACCGGAGGAUAUAAAUGAUCUCUUCAGAGUAUUCAAUAGCAAUCAGACAGUUUCGAACAUUAUCGAUACCCAGACACUAGAUAAAGACCUAUUGAACUCGUCAUUUCAUCGUAAGACUGCAUAUCUAGAACAUCCAGUAUUUAAUUUACAUCAUUCAGAGACUAGAAUUGUACGGUAUAUGAAAGCUCUGGAGAACAAGGACGUGUCCUUGGUGCACAGUAUGAUACCAUUGGGUUCUUGCACAAUGAAACUGAACUCAACCACCGAGAUGAUGCCCUGCAGUCUCCCCGGGUUCACAGACAUGCAUCCCUUCGCCCCAGUAGAUCAAGCACUAGGCUACAACGACCUGUUCACCCAACUUGAGAGGGAUCUCUGUGCAAUAACCGGUUACGACGGCAUAAGCUUUCAACCGAACAGUGGAGCCCAAGGAGAAUACGCAGGACUCCGUGCAAUUCAGUGUUACCACGAGUCACGCAAUGACAGCAAUAGAAAAGUCUGCCUGAUUCCCAUAUCAGCCCAUGGAACGAAUCCCGCAUCAGCCCAAAUGGCGGGUAUGCAGGUGGAGCCAAUAUUCGUCAGGAAAGACGGCUCCGUAGAUACUGUCCAUCUCAAGGAGAUGAUUGACAGAUAUCGAAAGGACCUGUCGUGCCUCAUGAUCACAUAUCCAUCGACCAAUGGUGUCUUUGAGGAGACAAUAGGCGAUGUAUGUGACAUGGUGCACGAUGCUGGGGGCCAGGUUUAUCUGGACGGAGCCAAUAUGAAUGCUCAAGUGGGCCUUUGUAGGCCCGGGGACUAUGGCAGCGACGUUUCUCAUCUCAAUCUCCACAAGACCUUCUGUAUUCCACACGGAGGAGGGGGUCCUGGGAUGGGACCAAUCGGAGUGAAACGACAUCUCAUGCCCUUCCUCCCUGGACAUCCUGUCAUUGAUUCCAACAAAGGGGGACACCUUUCUGCUGGGCUUGGGACAGUGUCAGCAGCGCCUUUCGGCUCGUCGGCGAUCCUGCCGAUCUCUUGGGCCUACAUCAAGAUGAUGGGACCCAAGGGACUUCGAAAAGCCACGCAAGUGGCUAUUCUCAAUGCCAAUUACAUGAGCAAACGACUGGAGAACCACUACAAGACGCUUUAUAAGGGAGAGACUGGGCUGGUGGCUCAUGAAUUUAUUCUUGAUAUCAGGGAUUUUAAGAAGACAGCAAAUAUUGAGGCAGUUGAUGUGGCAAAACGUCUGAUGGAUUACGGGUUCCACGCGCCUACUAUGAGCUGGCCAGUGGCUGGGACACUCAUGGUAGAGCCCACUGAGUCGGAGGAUAAAAUGGAAUUGGACAGAUUUUGCGACGCGCUGAUAUCUAUCAGGGGAGAGAUCCAAGAUAUAGAGAGUGGAAAGAUGGAUGUGAAUGUGAAUCCAUUGAAAAUGGCACCACACACUCAAGAACAAGUGAUAUGUUCUAAUUGGAAUAGACCUUAUUCUCGAGAAGUAGCUGCAUUCCCUCAGGCGUGCACGAAGGUACCAAAAAUCUGGCCUAGUGUCGGUAGAAUUGACGAUAUUUAUGGCGACAAAAACCUGUUUUGUACUUGUCCACCGAUUCUUCCACAGCAGCAAUGAGACAUUUCGAUUCAUCAUAAAUGUAUUUUAUAUUUAUUUUUAUAAAUCAUCAUAUGUAUCAUUAAAUAUAUAAUUUACCAUUUA